CCAGAAGGGAAUACCCAAGCAACUUCCAGAUGGCGAGUUCAGUCUGCCUCAACAGCGACAAUCAGUUCGGGCCUCGGGUGGACCCGGAUUGCCGACCGUUUGACUUCACCCUGCUGUUCGAGGACGCCUUCUUCGCCGUUCUCCCCGCAGCCCUACUGAUCCUGCUUCUGCCCGCACGGCUGCAGCUUCUCCGCAGGGCGCCUGUCAAAGUCACCACCUACAGGCUUGCGAUCUGCAAAUCGAUCUGUGUAGGAACCCUCUUCGUUCUCCAGGUAGUCUACGCAGUCAACCGCCUCAAAACGGCGGCGCUGCACACGAAACUCGCGACAACAUCCGACGUCCUCAGUAUCAUCGCCACCGCUGCGGCAGCAUGUCUCUCCUUCGUCGAAGACCAACACUCAAUCGAGCCAUCCGAUCUUCUCGUCGUCUAUUUCUCCGCGUUGACCCUCCUUGACAUCCCCCGACUGCGCUCACUAUGGCUGAUCCCCGACACGGACAUCUGCCGAGGCCUCUGGACCGCCAUAUACAUCCUGACUGUCGUAGCCCUCUUCCUGGAAUCAAUGAAGAAGCUCAAAAUCCUCCGGUCCCUCUACCAAGACGUGACGAAAGAGCAAGUCAUCGGAUUCUGGGGCCGCAGUUUCUUCAUCUGGGUGACUCCCCUGUUCAGGGCUGGCUUCUCGGACAUCCUCUCCGUCGAGGAUCUCCCCGAGACGGAUAAAGCCCUGCAAGGCGACAUAGCGCGACAAAGACUCGAGAACGCCUGGGUAGACUGCAAGCCGAGCCGUCGACUUCUCAAGGCCGUGUUUCACGCGUAUCUGUGGCCCGUGCUGUCUGCUGUUGUUCCUCGUCUGGCGCUGAGUGGGUUUACCUUCUGUCAGCCGUUCUUGAUCGCCUCGACGAUUGGUUAUUUUGAGGAUGGCUCGACGGACGAUAUCAGAAAGUAUGGUCGGGCGUUGGUGGGCGCUUAUCUGUUGGUUUAUUUGGGGAUCGCGAUAUCCACGGCUGUUUACUGGCGUCAGGCGUAUCGGCUCAUUACCACUGUGCGAGCUGGUCUUAUAUCCAUGAUCUAUCAACAGACAACUAGAUUGACGAGCAAUGAUGUCAAAGACACUGCUGCGCUCACCUUGAUGGGUACGGACGUGGAGCGGAUUUGCACCAGUUUCAGGUUGUUGCACGAGACGUGGGCUUCAGUGAUUGAAGUCGCGAUCGCUUUGUAUCUCCUGGAGCGCCAGAUAUUCCUGGUUUGUCUCGUGCCUGCGGGAAUCACGGUUGCAUGCAUCCUCGGAACACGCCCCAUAUCCUCCCGCACCGGGCCCGCGCAGAAGGCCUGGGUCGGGAAAGUCCAAACGAGAAUCGCAGCAACAUCCGCCAUGCUAGGCGACAUGAAGGCCGUCCAGAUGCUCGGGCUGACCGACGUUCUCUUUGGUCUGAUAACGAAGCUACGACAGGCCGAACUCGCUACGUCGUCGCACUUCCGCAGGCUGUUUAUCUCGAUGGUGGUGAUAUCGAACAUCCCGCUGGACUUUGCACCGUACGCCACGUUUGCGGUGUACGCUAUCAUUUCGGUUGUCCGUAACGACCAGUCUCUUCUGGCUUCUCGGGCGUUCACUUCGCUGUCCUUGAUUUCGCUGCUGACGUCCCCGUUGGUCACCUUCAUCCGGGCGGUUCCUCAGCUCGUGCAGUGUAGUGGGUCUUUUGAGCGCAUUGAGGCGUAUUUGGAGAAGAAGCCUGCCGUGGUUGACGAUCUCACCCCAUCAAGCGUCGCAUCGACCGAUCUGUCUCCGCGCGAAGGACUGGAAUUAACGAGAUUUGCAGCCGUACCGCAAGCCUCUACCUUAGUGUCGUUCAACGGGGUAGAUAUAGCAUGGUCUCCCGACUCCGACACCGUGCUUCGGGAUCUCCACUUAGAUAUUGGCAGAGGAAUCACGAUGCUCAUCGGCCCCGUGGGAUCUGGAAAGUCGGCACUGAUCGAGAGUAUUUUAGGAGAGACAGUCAUCCGCAACGGGACUAGACGCGCCGGGCUAUCGAACGUUGCGUACUGCUCCCAAAAGCCAUGGAUCGUCAACAAUACCAUCCAGCAUAAUAUCACGGGCGGAACACGGUUCGAUAUGAAGUGGUAUCGCUUUUGCGUUUCCGCGUGCGGUCUGGACGAUGAUUUGGCGAGUCUGCCUGCUGGAGAUAUGCAUGUGGCUGGAAGCGAUGGUGUUUCGCUGAGUGGGGGUCAGAAGCAGCGUGUGGCGCUUGCGCGAGCCAUGUAUUCCAGGCUGCCGAAUAUUCUGCUUGACGAUGUGUUUAGUGGCUUGGAUUCGAGGUGUAUUGGCCACAUUAUCUCCACGCUCUUUGCUCCAGAUGGGCACUUUCGCAAAGCCGGGACGUCGGUGAUUCUUGCCACUCAUACUCAGCGUCUACUGCCAUACGCGGACGAGAUCAUUGUUCUGGAUCAGGGUGCUGUGGUUGACAGCGGGGCUUACCGGGAUAUCAUAUCCAGGACACCGGAUAUCGCAGCAAAGUGUUUAACAUUGCCAGGUAGUGAAGAAAAUGUUGACAGUGACCGCAAUACUGAGUUGGAAAAAGCUGUCGCUACCAAAGCGACUCAUCAGCAAAACCAACCCUCAGAUCGUGACUUCUCCCGACGCGACGGUACGUGGGAUGUGUACAAAUACUACGCCAGGAGUGCGGGUUACAAGAUGGUUUUUGGCUUCGUCGCAUCUUCUCUGGUUUCGACGUUCUUGAAAAACUUUUCAACGAUAUGGAUCCAGUGGUGGUCCGAUUCCAAUGAGACAGACCCAAAUGGCAAAGUGGGCUUCUAUCUCGGGGUAUACACGGCAUUUGCGGUUUUGAAUGCCACGGGUAUUGCGAUGGCUUGCUACCUGUUAUUCAUGAAGAUCAUCAAUGACACCGCGAUGGGACUGCACACCGACCUACUGGCGUCCACCCUCAACGCACCCAUGAGCUUCUUCCAAACAACCGACACCGGAAGUGUGACGAACCGAUUCAGCCAGGACAUGGAUCUGAUCGACAUGAAUCUUCCCAUCUGUGUGAUGAAUACCUUCGGAAACGGAACAUCCACCAUCAUGAAGCUGAUCAUCAUCUGCGUCGUGGGAAAGUACAUGGCGGCGACAUUCCCCAUCCUCGUCUUGGCCUUCUUCAUCAUCCAGUCUUACUACCUCCGCACCUCUCGUCAGGUAAGACUGCUCGACAUCGAAGCCAAAUCACCCCUGUACAGCCACUUCACCGAAACCAUGAAAGGCAUCUCGACCAUCCGCGCCCUCGGAUGGCAACUUGCAUUUCAGACCCAUCUCCAAACCAAACUUAACCACUCACAACGACCAUUCUACAUGCUGUUUUGUAUCCAGCAAUGGCUGGCCCUGGUGCUCAAUCUCGUCGUGACCGCCAUGGCAGUCAUCCUGCUGGCCAUUAUCACAUCGAUGAAGGACAAGUUCAGCGCUGCGGCCAUCGGUGUGGCUCUGAAUAUGGUCUUGACCUUCAACCAGGAGAUCGUACGUACCGUGCAGUCUUGGACCCAGCUGGAGACAUCCAUCGGGGCAGUUUCCCGGGUUCAGAAUUUCAUGCGAGAGACACCGUCCGAAAGAAACGAUCUCAUGACUCCACUUCCCCCGGUCCACGAAUGGCCGUCGGACGGCGCGAUCACAUUCGAGAACAUCACCGCCGUGCAUGGCUCCCCCGCCAGCCAAACCACCCCCAUCCUCAAAAACAUCUCCCUCGAAAUCCGUCCCCGCGAAAAGCUCGCCAUCUGCGGCCCCUCCGGCAGCGGCAAAACCUCCCUCAUCAUGGCUCUUCUCCAGAUGAUCGACAUCCAGGAAGGACGGGUAUCCAUCGAUGGUCGGGACCUGGCAACCUUCCAGCCGAAGGACAUCCGACUGCGCUUGAACAUCAUCCCCCAGGACCCGUUCUUCAUGCCUGGCUCGGUGCGGUUUAAUCUGGACCCUCAUGUCCGCGCUACCGAUGAGACGAUUCAGUCGGCGGUUGAGAAGGUCGGACUGUGGCGACGGGUCGGCGGGGCGGAAGGGUUAGAUAUGGAUCUGAAAGCGGAGGAUUGGUCGAUGGGCGAGAGACAGUUGUUGGCUCUGGCGAGGGCGUUGGUCGUUGGUGUUACUUGUCCGGUUUUGGUCUUGGAUGAGGCGAUGAGCAGCGUCGACGAAACAACAGAAACAAUGAUGCAGGACAUCAUCGAGAGAGAAUUCGCCCAUCACACCGUCGUCUCUGUUAUGCAUCGCUUGCGGUAUAUCGAUCGCUUUGAUCGCGUCGUCGUGCUGAAGAACGGGGCACUCGUUGAAUGUGAUAGUCCUAUGGCGUUACUGCAACAGGAUUCUGAGCUCAGGGGGCUGUAUAGCUCUUUGCAUACCGCGUCCUGACGCGUUUUGGUGUGGAGUUUGAGCUAGGGGAGGGAGAAAGAGGGGGGGAGAUAUAUGCCGUCGUGGAGGUGAUGGGUCCGCUCUUUGAGAUAUAUAUGUGAUUAAUAGGUGGCUGUGCCACCAAUUUAGUUUUGAUGUGCUUGGACUCAUGGAUGUCUAGGAGUGUCUACAUAUCUGUGGAUACUACCUUGAUGCCUGAUAUCACUGGCAGAACCAACCAUUCUUCCUGCCUUGAUACUAAAGCCUCAAGGCCUGGGCAAUUUUGGGUAACCGCCGGGGUGUGCGAGCAGACAUCGGGGUGUGACCAUACCUGUUCGGUCAUCAAGAUGCGCCAUUUCGGCUACAUUUCCGCAUAUAUAUCUAGUCUUCAGUCGUCGAGAAUCACAUCAGUGAGCCAUACAGAGACCAUUUAGCCUAGCAACAGUUAGCUCGAAUCUAAG